AUGGCGAGCUUAAACAUAAGCACGGGAACUCCACUCGAACUUAGGAAACUCUGGAGACACCCUUGCAAGAAGAAAUUCCACCAGGAGAAACAAUAUGGUUUUUCUGCCUGCCAGCCGAAGGCAAGUUCGCAUCAAGAGGGAUCUGCAGAGACAGUAAAACAAGGAGUGGACAAAGCAGCAGAGGCCGGUGAAAACAUUAAAAAUAGAGCUGCCUCCAUGACUGAAGAUGCGAAUCAGAAGUCAAAGGACAUUGCGUCCAACGUAUCAGAAGCGACACAUGAUGUCACCGACAAAGCAAAGCAAACUGUGCAGAAUGCAUGGGAUUCAGCUAAAGGGACGGCCCAAAAGGCCAAAGAGACUGUGCUGGGCAAAGUUGAAGAUGCAAAACAGUCUGCCAAAACAAAUGCAGACAAAGCUCAACGUGCCAUGAAGUCCAACAACUGA